CUGGGAGCGCAUCCCGCAUCCUCCAUCCAGCGUUCAGCAUCCCGCCGGCGCGCUCAGGUGCGAGGCCGAACCGUGGCCAGUGUGAUUAUAAUCAACAAACACCUGGCAGACUCCUCAUUCUAACAAGCGAGCUUGGACAAGUUAUUAAAAUGGAAAUGAAGGUCCUUUUCCCUUUUGGCUGGAUUUGGAUAAAUGGACACUGACAUGGAUUACGAAAGGCCCAACGUUGAAACCAUCAAGUGUGUCGUGGUCGGAGACAAUGCUGUGGGGAAGACCCGACUGAUCUGUGCCAGGGCAUGUAACACCACUCUGACCCAGUACCAGCUGCUGGCCACUCAUGUGCCCACAGUAUGGGCCAUUGACCAGUACCGAGUAUGCCAGGAGGUCCUAGAACGUUCUCGAGAUGUUGUCGAUGAAGUGAGUGUUUCUCUCAGGCUCUGGGAUACCUUUGGUGACCACCACAAAGACAGGCGUUUUGCUUAUGGCAGGUCUGAUGUUGUGGUGCUCUGUUUUUCGAUUGCUAAUCCCAACUCCCUAAAUCAUGUGAAAACCAUGUGGUACCAAGAGAUCAAGCAUUUCUGCCCUCGCACCCCGGUCAUUCUUGUCGGCUGCCAGCUAGACCUCCGCUAUGCUGAUCUCGAAGCCGUCAAUCGAGCCCGACGCCCAUUAGCCAGGCCUAUAAAGCGAGGAGACAUUUUGCCACCAGAGAGAGGCCGAGAAGUUGCCAAGGAGCUUGGAAUCCCAUAUUAUGAAACAAGUGUGUUUGACCAGUUCGGUAUCAAGGACGUGUUCGACAACGCAAUCCGAGCGGCGCUGAUUUCCCGAAGACACCUGCAGUUCUGGAAAUCCCACUUGAAGAAGGUCCAGAAACCUUUACUUCAGGCACCAUUUCUACCUCCAAAAGCACCUCCACCAGUUAUCAAAAUCCCAGAGUGUCCCACCACGGGUAUGAACGAAGCUGCCUAUUUAUUGGACAAUCCGCUGUGUGCCGACGUUAUGUUUGUCCUUAAGGAUGAGAAGCAUAUUUUUGCACACAAGAUUUACCUUGCUACCUCCUCUUCCAAAUUUUAUGAUCUUUUUUUAAUGGAAUGUGAAGAGUCUCCCAGUUUUGUUGAAGGCACUUGUCAAAAAGAAAAGCCCAGUUGGGACUUUCCAACAAGGACUUUGAGUCUUGAUACUGAUGAAGAAAGUGUGGAGGCCGCCUCAGUCCCAUUAGCUUCUGAAGGCCGGACAUCCCAAAGUGAGGGUGUGCUGAAAGAGCCAGAAUUGGGAGCUGGGGACCACCCUCCAACCACCAGAGACUUGUCCACAUGGAGCAAAGGGUUCAUUGACAUGCACAAAGAAAUGCUAGUCAACCCUAUUUCAAAUAGAGUAGGUUCUGUGACCGUGGUCAGAAUGGACUCUUCCCUUCAGUUGGGUCCUUUUAGGACCCUGCUUCAGUUUCUUUAUACAGGGCAAUUAGAUGAAAAGGAAAAGGAUCUGAUGAGACUGGCUCAGAUUGCAGAGAUCCUAGAGGUAUUUGAUUUGCGAAUGAUGGUGGAAAAUAUAAUGAACAAAGAGGCCUUCAUGAAUCAGGAGAUCACUAAGGCAUUCCAUGUCAGGAAAGCCAACCGGAUAAAGGAAUGCCUUAGCAAGGGGACAUUUUCAGAUGUGACGUUUAAAUUGGAUGAUGGGGUGAUAAAUGCCCACAAACCACUGCUUAUCUGUAGCUGUGAUUGGAUGGCCGCCAUGUUUGGAGGAUCAUUUGUGGAAAGCGCCAACAGUGAGGUGGCCUUGCCCAGUAUUAACAAGCUGUCGAUGCAGGCCGUGCUGGAUUACCUGUACACCAAGCAGCUGUCGUCCUGCCUGGACCUGGACACGCUUGAAUUAAUUGCCUUGGCAAACAGAUUCUGCCUGCCGCACUUGGUUGCUCUGGCAGAGCAGCACGCGGUGCAGGAGCUGACCAAAGCGGCCAUGAGCGGGGUCGGCAUCGACGGGGAAGUGCUGUCCUACUUGGAGCUGGCCCAGUUUCACAAUGCCCAUCAGUUGGCAGCGUGGUGCCUUCAUUACAUCUGCACCAACUACAACAGUGUUUGCGCCAAGUUUCGCAAGGAAAUCAAAGCAAAAUCUCCAGACAAUCAGGAAUACUUUGAGAGACACCGCUGGCCACCUGUUUGGUAUUUGAAGGAAGAAGACCAUUACCAGCGUGUGAAGAAAGAAAGAGAGAAGGAAGAGCUCGCACUGAAUAAGCACCACUCCAGACGGAAAUGGUGCUUCUGGCACUCGGCUGCCACGGUCGCCUGAGCGAGCAAGGAGAGAACCCCAGGAAAGACCCACCCAUCCCCCCAACAACAGCAACAACCACAACAAUACUGUAAAAUUAGUCGUCGUCGUAGAGAUGAGAUGAAGGUCAGGGUUUCAGGCGCUGUUUGGACUCUCCAUCUGUGCGUUUACCUUCCAGAAAUAACAAAGCACAAUCUCCCUAGAAAUGAGCCUGGAUGACCGACGCUGUUGCUUAAACUGCAUUCCUUCGACUAAUAUGUAUAUUUUUGGUUAGGGAGCGUGAUAAACUUAGUCCAUUAUGACAAUUUCUUUUUAUACAGAAAAUCCAGCAUUCACAUUUCAAAUUCCAAAUUGGAAAAAAAAAUAUUUUUCUAUGGUCUUGUGAAUUUUGUUGAGACUAAAAUACUAUGUAUUGCUUAAUUUUACAGGCCACAAAUUAACCACGAGGAGCCAGCCCCAUGAUUAAGUUGUAACUGUUGGCCCACAGAUGGACAUGAGCACUGAGGCAUCAUUACAUAAUGAGACAGUUAUUCCCACAGUUGGAAGGAAAGUGUUAGAAUGAAAUUCCCCAAACUGUGAGUUAGGGAGUAUUUAAUCUUUGUCCUUCUAAGCAACAUUGGUAUAAUUAACAAGUCAACUCCAGGAGCGGGUAUUUACAGUAUUUGCUGUGUAAGUGGUAGUAAUUAUAUGAUUAUGUGUGCCAUGUAAAAUAUAGUGAUAUCAAAUAUUCUGUUGUUGAAAGUGUCUAGGUUGAAGAGGAUAAUCUUCAUAAUCAUUAGAAGGGCUUAUUAAAUCCCAGCAUUAUCCAGGGCCAACUCACUGAUGGACCUGAAUACAAAGAAAGAGAAUUAUGCUGUUAGUUUUUGGGUGGUUGUCAUGGCAGUUGGGGUGGGGUAUUCCUUGAUAUUUGCAGGGUCUCUGCAUGUGUACUUUCUCUGUUGACUGGAAUCAGACGUUGUUGACAGGGUGCGUUCCAGGCCCUUGGCUCAUCCAUUCAGCGUGCUCACAUCUCGCCCCCCUGAGCUGGGUUGCUCAGCACUGCCCUUCCCCAUGGAUUCCCUCAUGGAAUUCAGUUCCUCUCUUUCAUUCUUACCAAGGAAAAUUCGUUCAGCUGCAUCUUAAGAGUCAGGAAGCCUGGCAUCUCUUCUAAAGGCUGAAGACACCUGGGAAAGGGGGCAUCUUAUUGGAGACUAGGAGAGCUGAAGACUCACUGAGAACUCUACGGGUUUGGAAGCAAGUCCUUCAUGAGUUAGGCAUGGCUGUUUUGCCAGUCUGAGCUGGAACAGAGGGUCAGGAACUUGGAAGCUUUUUAGCUGAGUAGUCUCCCAUUGACAUCUCCAUAACAGAAAUGACCAGCCCAUAUGAAACAGAAUUCCAAGGACUCAGCUGCAUACCCACAAUGGUCCUGGGUGUGGCGGGGUCAGGGUUGGUUCCCAUUGUCGCUUGGUAUGCUAACAUGAAAGGACUCUUUUUUUUUUCAUCUUAGGGUUAUAAGAAGAGGCAGUUGAACACAAACCCCAGUGCUGCAGAUCAGGGAAGAAUUUCCAGAUGACAGCCAUAUGCAUUUUUAAAAUAUAUGUAUUCAGGUUAGAGAUGGAUAUUUAUUCCUGGCUGUAGCAGCACCCCAGGGCAAUGGAAACUACUUAGCAUUGGAUGACAUCAGGGACCUAAGCUUAUAGGAGAGACUCCUUGAAAGAAAAUCAGAAGAGUAUUUGGUACCCCCCCCCCAACCCUGGCAGUUUGCACCAUCCCUUGAUAAAGGAGAUCUA